GGAAUAACCAGCGGCACCCCCCAGAUUACGUUCUUGCCCACCUGACAGGGGGGAAGGGAAUGUCCACGGGAUACAGUUUCUGGUAUAUACACGGUGAGACUACCCUAAACCCUGCUGCUCCUGUUCGGGGUCACGACCAUCCCAGUGUCACAGAUACGGCUGCCCGUGGCAUUGAACAUGUAGAAGUCACAGAACAAGGCGGAGACCUGGAACAAGGUAAUGCGACAACGAUUGGUCCGUUGUCGCCUGUUGGACAAUUGCUGAGCCAACAAUCCCCUCUCGGGACUCCAUCGCCCGUUACACCAUCUCUUGCGGGACAAUCGCCGGUUGGCGAGUUCACGCUCGGGACUGCACCUCAUGAUCCGCAGUGACGUCCUCCAGAUUUGUAGAUAUUUUGUGUAUUUUUUUUUUUUUGUU